UCGUCCACUGCCGAUGACGUCACGUACGGCGUACAUUCUGGAUCUGUUGAGCUAACCACGUCGGAUUUUCCAUAUUUCAACGCGAAACCUGGCUGGGAAAGCACCUGUUGAUGGAGAACGUGUUCCAGGGAAAUGACAGACCAGGGCAACAACAAUCAGAACAUCUCACAGAACCCUUUCGCAGCGCUCUUCAGUUCCCUCGCUGACGCAAAACAGUUUGCAUCUGGCCAAAAUCAACCGUGUCAAGCUGAGCAACACUCUGUAGAUUCAGGAGAGAGCCAGUCUGAGUCAGACAACUCGGUGUCUGACAGCAUCGAAGACAAUGAUGACUCCGUGGCAGCGAUCAGCCGGUCUUUCCGCUCGCGACAGGAGCUCUGCGAGCAGCUCAACAUCAACCACAUGAUCCAGAGGAUCUUCCUCAUCACUCUGGACAACAGUGACCCCAGUCUAAGAGGAGAUAAUGGCAUCCCACCAUGCUGUGUAUACCUUGAGGAAAUGGCUGCUGAUCUUAAUGGCCAGGACUGGCUUAACAUGGACACUAUAGAGCAGGCUUUGUUCAGCAGGCUGCUUUUGCAGGAGCCGGGAAACCAUCUCAUUUACAUGACCUCCUGCAGUGCAGUGAAUCUCUCAGCAGAUCGUGAUGCUGGGGAGAAAUGUGUCAUACCCUACCUUUAUGCUUGCUACCGGAGAGCUAAAGAGGAGAUCAAUAAAGUCCCGGAGAAGUUGUUAUCGUAUGCCGUGCAGUGCAAAAGUCUGACUCUGUCCAAUGCCCGCACUGUUCUGCUGACCCCAGAGAUCUACAUCAGCCAGAAUGUUUAUGAGCAGCUUCUGGACUUGUUGCUGGAGGCUGUGAGAGGAGCCCAGUUUGAUGAAGUUGUGGAGUUUUUGGAGGAUGUCAUCGCUAGCCUGUUGGCUGACCAAGAGGUGCGGACCUUCGGGGAGGUUAUGGUGCCAGUGUUUGAUAUUUUCCAAGCCCGGGUCAAAGACUUAGACCUUUGUCAUCUGCUACUGUAUUCCUACCUGGAAAUUCUCCUGUACUUCAGUCGGCAAAAGGAUAUUUCUAAGGUUUUAAUGGAGCAUAUUCAGCCCAAAGAUCCUAACAGUGGGAUUCAGUAUCAGAAAACGCUUCUAGGAACGAUCCUGAAUAUUUCAUGUCUAUUGAGAACUCCUGGUGUGGUUGAAAACCAUGGCUUUUUCCUCAAUCCUUCUCGCUCCAGCCCACAGGAAAUUAAGGUUCAGGAGUCGAAUAUAUACCAGUUUAUGGGGCAGUUUCAUGACAAGCUGUAUCAAAUCCUGAAAAACUUGCUUCAGCAGUCCAGUGAGACGCGUCACCUGCUGCUCUCGUGGCUGGGUGGCUGCCUGCAGGCCAACAUGGGGCGGGCCAAAAUAUGGGCAAAUCAGAUGCCCGAGAUAUUCUUACAAAUGUAUGCUUCCGAUGCAUUCUUCUUAAAUCUGGGAGCUGCACUGCUCAAGCUCUGCCAACCAUUUUCUCGACCCUACUCACCCAAACUGCUGACCUUUAACCCCACAUACUGCUUGCUUAAGGAGCUGAGUGAGGAAGAACGGCGUAACAGAAACGUGCAUGCAAGAGGUCUGGACAAGGAGACAUGUCUGAUACCUGCGCCCCCUCAACAAACUGUUGAAUUUGCCCAAUCAUACAGCCUUCUGACAGAAAAUCUCAUCUUUACACAGCUUACCAUGCACUUGGGCUUCCAUAGACUUCAUGAUCAGAUGGUGAAGAUGAAUCAGUCUCUACACCGGCUGCAGGGGACGUGGCGGGAUGCGCAGCUCACUGGAGGCCCAGCAGCAGCAGAGCUACGGGAACAGUUUGAACGCCUCAUGACAGUCUAUCUCUCAACCAAGGCUGCUACCACGCAACCCGCCAUGCUACAAAACUGCCUCAACCUCCAAGCCUCCUGCGCAGCCCUGUUGGUUCAGCUCAGCUUGGGCAACCAGGGUCCUGAAUACAUCCCUCUCACCUAUCCCUUACCUGCACUAGAGAACAGCCUGCUUUGCUUUGUGCCAGAGUUCUUUGCUGAAAACAUGGGCGAUUUCUUCAUAUUUCUCCGCCGCUUUUCUGACGAGGUGUUGGAGUCCUCCGCGGAAAGCUUGGAACAUGUCCUGACCUUCAUCACUGUAUUCAUGGGCAACGUUGAUAGAAUGAAGAAUCCUCAUCUGCGGGCAAAGCUGGCAGAGGUUCUUGAAGCUGUGAUGCCCCAUAUGGAGACUCUGUCACCUAGCGCUGCCCAGCCUAUCAUGUUCCAACGCCAAAGGGUGUUCAGCACAUAUCGGCAUGCACCUCAACUUGCUGAAGCCCUCAUCACAGUGUUUGUAGAUAUAGAAUUCACUGGUGAUCCUCAUCAGUUUGAGCAAAAGUUUAAUUACAGAAGGCCCAUGUAUGCCAUUCUGAAGUACAUGUGGGGAGAAGAGAGUUACAGGGAGAGCUUUAAGCGUCUUGCUGAUUAUGCAUCUGAAAAUCUUGAAGCCAUGAAUCCACCACUAUUCCUGAGGUUUCUCAAUCUUCUCAUGAAUGAUGCCGUCUUCUUACUUGAUGAGGCUAUACAGUACUUAAGUAAGAUCAAAAUCCUCCAGCUGGAGAGGGAUCGGGGGGAGUGGGACAGUCUGACCCCUGACGCACGCAGAGAGAAAGAAUCUAGUCUGCAGAUGUUUGGACAGCUGGGUCGCUUCCACAACAUCAUGUCAAAUGACACCAUCGGCACAUUGGCUUUCCUCACAUCUGAGAUAAAAGGUCUUUUUGUUCACCCCUUUCUGGCUGAGAGGAUCAUCUCCAUGCUCAACUACUUUUUACAACACUUGGUAGGCCCCAAGAUGGGCGCCCUGAAAGUAAAAGACUUCAGUGAAUUCGACUUCAAACCCCAGCAGCUAGUGUCAGACAUCUGUACUAUUUACCUAAACCUAGGAGAUGAAGAAAAUUUCUGUGCUACUGUCCCAAAAGAUGGAAGGUCAUAUUCACCAACUCUGUUCUGCCAAACCGUCCGUGUACUCAAGAAAAUCAACAAGCCUGGCGACAUGAUUGUAUCUUUCAGUCUGUUAGCAGAUAAAAUUAAGUCUCUUGCAGACAGGCAUCAGCAAGAGGAGGAGACCUACUCUGAUGCUCCCGAUGAGUUUUUGGAUCCCAUCAUGUCUACCUUGAUGCUUGAUCCAGUGCUCCUGCCUUCUUCAAACGUCACAGUGGACCGUUCAACCAUAGCACGCCAUUUACUAAGUGACCAGACAGACCCUUUCAACCGCAGUCCACUCACCAUGGACCAGAUCAGGCCCAAUGAAGAGCUCAGGCAACAGAUCAUGAAGUGGCUUGCUGAUCAUAAGCAAAGCAACCAGCAAAUGGGACCCAGUGGUUAAACAUACAAUGCUUUGUAUGACGAAUCCAUUCAGGUGUUUCUGGCCUCUCGCAUACUGCUUUGAAACAAGAACAUUUAACCACAUUCGGAGGAGCACGUCUGCAUUUAUGGUGUUAGUGUGCUCGUCAAAGGUCAAAUGCAAAUCUCCAAAUGCCAUAUCACUUUAGCAUAUUCGGCUAUCUGUUCUUUCAAUCUCCUCAGACAUAUGAGGAACUUAUUUUGCCUUGCAAAGAUGUUCACUGUGGGAAAUGAAACUUGGGCUUAUAGACAUAUGACAGCGUACAUGAGGUUUGCUUACCUGUUCAAUGCAUUUGCCCUACCUCUGACUCGUAUGCAUGCAAUAUUUGAUAUGCAUCACUUAUUUGUUAACUUUAAGUUAAAAUAUAAGCAGUGUACCUCAUUUGAUAUUAAGGAAGAAGAGUUGUGGCCUCAUUUGAUAUUAUGCAGGGUGUUGUGGCAGUAUUGAUUACAAUAUAAAAACAAAACAAUGUCUGCUGCAAAAGAGAUUAAACUAUCAUAAAAUAUAUUGCUAACAUCAUCAGCAUUAUAUUGCAGAGUUUCACUUUUAUAGUUGUACCUAUUGGUUUUAAAGGCAUUUGUGCUCCAUAACACAGCAGUAAGAUGUCGAAUUUUUUAUGGAAUGGUUUGUAGCUUUACCAUUUGUCAAAAAGCUUUUCAAGUCUGCUUUAUUUUUUGUUCAUUACAAACCAUUUAUGCUUGAAACUCAAGAAGCAUUUGCUAUAAUAUGCACUUUUAUGAGACUCAUUAAGAAUAUUGUGCUCUUGUUGAAAUGUUUGGAAAUACCCCAUACACUUUACAAGAAUCCAUUGUGUCUUUUAACAGUGCAAUAUGUCCAGGGUAAUGACUUGAUGGCUGAGUCAGCCAUAUAACAUUCUCUCAUGCAGAGUGACAUCAUGUCUCUUUAGUUAACAACUGCAAAACUGCAUGCUUUGGGUGGAUGGACCUUGCUACUGACAUUUGUCUUAAAAGAUGACAUUGAUAAGACAAUGUCCACACACUGCUUUUGGUUGUGAGAGAGUUGCAUUAGAUUGACCUGUCAAGUGGUGUAGGGUAUGUCUGCAUUUUCACUGAAAGUUGGUUUUAAGUCUGAAAUUCGUUGCGCCUUCAUAUUUUCAAGAACUCACCUAAUCAGUUAACCUGACCCCAUUCAUUCUCAGAGCAAACUGAAUGCUUUAGGCUCUGUUGUGAUAUUUCUGUCUGUUAAAUUCUGCAUUUGUUCACUCAUUUGUCCCUUAACACAAUAUAACUUCUUUUUUCUUAUAUAUAUAUAUAUAUAUAUAU